UUCAGGUAUGCGCGCACUAGCGCACUACGCUCCCGUCAAUGCGCUUGCGCGAGAGAUUCCGUUGUCGAACAGAAACCGAGUGUUUGAGGACUCGUAUAAUGUAGAAUUUACCGGUGGGAAAAAACGUUAACAGUGCGGUCAGUUUUGCAGGCGACGACUUACUUUGACAUUAAGAUGGAGUAAAGAAAAAAUUUUAGAGAAAAUUUGCAACUGCAAGAGCGACGUAUGGAUGAGGGGCUUUCAGUGGCUAUCCGCAACGAAAACUGCAAGAUCAAAUUUAAGAGUAAAUUUUGCGGAGAAACUGUGGUAGUAGAAGAAUCAAAAACAAUAUUAAAAUGGAAGAUCAAAACAGGGAUCCUUGUGUGGCAUUAAUAUUAAAGGACUCGCGAUUGUUAGUUAACAGGAAACAGCUAAUUAGUAAGAGUCAAUAUUUUGCCAUGCUUCUCUCUGAAAGCUACAUUGAUCACCUCCAACAGGAACAUGUAAUCAAUUAUGAUAUUUCAAUCUCUACAUUACAGGAUUACAUCAAUUGGAUUCACGACGAAGACUUUUGCAUGAAGUUUGACUUUGUAUGCAAAACAUCCUUGGAAAAACAUUGUAAUCCUAACUCUUACGAAGAUCUUGUGAAGUUGCUAGAUUUAAGUGUUUUGUUUUUAACGGAUCUGCUAACAGAUGAGAUAACAAAUAUAAUGGAAGCUAUUCUGGUAAUACCAGAGCUUUUAAUUGACAUUUGGCUCGUAGCAAGGGACUUGGGCCUUUCGACACUGCAGGAUAUUUUUUUUGCCGCGUGCUUAGAUUAUUUCGAUAAGUUGCCAAUUGAUAAGCUCCUUCAUCUAGAAAGUCAGAAUUUGCAAAAAUUGCUUAACAAUGAAAAUAUAUCAUCUACAGAGGAAAAUAUGUGGAAUAUAUUGUUUAUGUGGGUGAAGGCUAAUAAAAUUGAAGAAUUGCCAACUAAAAUACCAAUUUUGAUAAAAGAUAAAAAACCGAAAGUCUUAAAUUGCAUUAUAGAUUAUGAGAAGCCUCAAAAUUAUAAUAGUAAAAUUUUCCUUUAUUGUUGGGACGGUAGAAAUUUCUUCAAAUAUUCCACAUUAACGUAUCCUAAAGAAAUUACUAAUGCACGACAUCCAUUAAUAGGAAUGCAAUUUACUGGCAGAAGAUAUGAUUUGUACAUGUGUGGUGGCGAAUACGGUGUAGGGAGAGGAAAAUUCAACGAGAAGAUUUGGCAUUAUUCUUUAAUAUCUAAGAAAUGGAUUUUUGAGACACGUAUGCCACGUCCGAGGAGGAAUAUGAUUACAGUACUUUUCAAAAAUAAACUAUACCUUAUAGGCGGUGUAGGAGAAUAUCGCACACAAUUAAAAAGCGUCAAUAUUUACGAUAUACAUUCGCGCAUUUGGACUAAGGGUUCACAGAUACCUGCAAGCUUUUCUGGAAUCCCUGAAUAUUGUGUUGAUGAUGACAAAUUAAUUAUAUAUAUGACCCAACUUCAUGUACUUAUAUAUUAUAGCAAGGAUGAUACCUGGACACAUUUUAAGUUAUUGUGUGACAAAUCAUUAUCUCAAGAAAUAAUAUUAAUGGGAUUAGAUGAGAGUGCAUGUUUCCUUGAUGUCAUAAAUAAAGAUGCGACAGACGAUAUAGUUCUUAGAUGCAUGAAAUAUGAGACAGGCAGUACGAAAUGUCUCAAAAAUGACACUGAUUACACGUGUGAGGAAAGAUCUAUAUUACUCGGACCCCAAUUCAGACUGGGACAUCAUAAAGAUUUUUGCAGCAUAGAUACAUUCCUCAUACAAUGUAGAAAUAGUGACAACAUAUAUGUGUGGCUCCGUCAGAACUAUUCUUUACGUUAUAAUGCCGUAUACAAUAAUUUUCACGUGCAUACUGUCCCCAUACAGGAAUCUAUAAAAUUUAACUCACUUUUUUACAACCAUACCACAACUUUAUUUUCUUCAACCACAAAAAAGUUUUUUCGUUUAAUGGAUACAGCUGACUUGCAUUCCGGGUCGACCACAAUUACAUAAUGAUCUCCGAUUACAUUAUUGUGAUGUACUACAAAUCCUGUCAUCUGAUAUGAAGAUACCGAACAAUUA